AUGAGUCGAAUCUGUCCUCCUAGUUCCCAUAACCAAUCCCGCUCAAUAGCUAUCGUCGGAAUGGCGAGCACAUUUCCCAACGCGCCAAAUCCAGAGGUCCUGUGGGACGUCUUGCUUGGCGGACAAAUCACUGUUGCUGAGGUUCCUCCCGAGCGCUUCAGUCUAUCGGAGCAACAAGAAGGUGAUGCGGAGUCGAGUCGUGAUCCUCACACACUCCGUGGCAAUUUCAUCGACCAGCCUGACAUCUUUGACAACGCCUUCUUCCAUGUUUCUCCUCGCGAGGCUCAAUCCAUGGACCCUCAGCAACGCUUGCUCUUACACGUCGCUUAUCAUGCACUCGAGAAUGCAGGAUACAUACCUAAUGCUACCCGCUCGUGGAAUCCGGAGACGUUCGGUACCUUUGUGGGCGUGGCCACCAACGACUAUGUACACAACCUACGGAGCAACAUUGAUGUCUACUACAGCACUGGAACGCUCCAGUCGUUUUUGAGCGGGAAGAUUGCAUAUACCUUCGGUUUCGGUGGCCCGGCUCUAGUGCUUGACACAGCAUGCUCGUCUUCCAUCGUCGCGAUCCAUCAGGCAUGUCGAGCGUUGCAGAAUGGGGACUGUAACGCCGCGCUAGCUGGUGGGGUGAACGUCAUCACCAGCCCUGAUAUGUACCUCGGGCUGUCUCGAGGACAUUUACUCAGCGAGACAGGCCAAUGUCGCCCGUGGGACGCUUCGGCAGACGGGUACGGUCGCUCGGAGGGGUGUGGCCUAUUCGUCUUGAAACGCUUGGAUGACGCCGUCGCGGAUAAUGACAGGAUAUUAGUCGUCAUCCGCGGUGCAGAGGUCAACCAGUCGGGGAACGCUCGAUCCAUCACCCAUCCGCACAUCCCAACCCAAGUCGCGCUUUUUGAAAGACUCGUCGCUUCCACUGGUGUACACCCCAACGACAUCAGCGUCGCCGAGUGUCAUGGAACGGGCACGGCGGCUGGGGACCCCGCCGAGCUGGAGGCCGUCCGUAAAGUCUUCGCGGUUGGGCGCGCUCCUGAUAACCCGCUCCACAUCACGUCGGUGAAGGCGAACAUCGGACAUGCUGAGGCUGCUUCGGGCGCUGCGAGCUUGGCAAAACUUAUCUUGAUGUUCCGCGAGAAUUUGAUUCCACACCACCCUUCCUUCGAGAGGCUGAACCCACAGAUCCCUGACCUGUCCGUGGACAACGUCCGGAUAGACACCACAAACGUACCGUGGACCUCGGAGGGCCAGCGGCUCGCGCUUCUCAAUAACUUUGGUGCGUCUGGCUCGAACGCUGCGCUGAUCCUCGAGGAGUACGUGGCUUCUCCGAGACCUCAGAAUGUCUCUCUACGUACUGGCGCAGUCGUUGGAUUGGCGUGCAAAAGCUCCGCUGCCACUGAGAAGAUGCGGGAUGCCUACAUCGCGCAGCUCGAGGCCUCCGAGGGGGACGCUACCGCGCUCCACGAUUUUGCAUACUCUGCUACUGCGCGGAGACAGCUCCAUCCAUUCCGCAUUGCGGUGGGCGGGACGUCGACAUGCGAGAUCCUGCAAGCCCUUCGUGAUGCACCUGUCGUCCAGGUCCUUCCUGCCCAACGUGUGGUGUUCGUUUUCUCAGGGCAAGGGUCGCAAUACGAUGGGAUGGCGGCUGAACUCUACCGGGAGUUGGAACUCGUGUCCAGGAUCGUAGAUGGGUGCGACCGCAAGCUGAUAGAGUGGGGCUUCGUCGGCAUUCUCGACGUCUUUCGCGCACCGCAGCCGGCUCAACGGAGUCAUGACCCGCGGCAUAUCCAGGCUACACAAGUCGCGCUGUUCGUCUUGGAAUACGCGCUAGCACAGCUGUGGAUCUCAUGGGGCGUUCGUCCCGUCGCGGUGGUUAGUCAUAGCUUCGGAGAGUUCGUUGCAUUGGUCGUCGCAGGCGUCAUGACACUCGACGACGGGCUGAGGCUCGUUGCAACUCGUGCGAGGCUCGUUUACGAGAAGUGUACACCAGGCGAGACGGGCAUGACCGGAGUACACGCAUCUACAGAGCAGUUGGAGCCUCUACUCGCAACGCUCAGUGGCUUAGAGAUCUGCUGCUAUAACGGCACAAGCCACAAUACCGUCGGCGGGCCGCUUGCAGAGCUCCAGCAGCUUGAAUCGCUGUGCAACGAUCGCGGAUACCAAUUCAGGCGUCUUGACAUAGCUCUCGCCUACCAUUCCGCCGCGAUGGAUCCAGUCCUGGACGAUCUGCGUGAGGCCGUCAAGGGCAUCAAACUCAAGCCACCUCAGAUCGCGGUCCACUCCAACGUCCAUGGGACGCUGGUAUAUCCCGGCGCUACGAUUGCGUACAGUGCAGACUACUUCGCGCGGCACUGCCGGGAACCCGCGCGUUUCAGCGCUGGGAUCGUCGACUUUCAGGCUCGCUUUUGCCCGUCGGACAUUGCAGCGUUCAUCGAGGUCGGGCCACAACCCACCACUCUGUCAUUCCUCCGCAAUCUACAGCAGGAGGGUGCCCCUCUCCUGCUGCCGUCCCUGCGCAAGAAUGCUUCCGACAUCGGUGUGCUGUGCAGUACCCUGGCAAAGCUGUACUGCACGUCCGUACCGGUGCAGUGGAGCAAGGUGUUCACUAAUCUCGCUCCGGAGGCGAGAUUGGUCGACCUUCCCCCGUAUCCGUUCGCCGACACGCGGUUCUGGACCCCUUACGAAGAGCGCCGUUCGGCAGUCGUCGCCGCUGCUGGCUCGCCGAAUCAGCAGUGGGACGCAUCUUCCAUGGAUGAAACAUCGCAGGCGUCCGCCUCCGAGGUCAGUCUCGACGACCUCGCAGAGCUGAUACAGGGGCAUGAGGUUGCUGGCUUCUCCCUUUGUCCGGCUUCUGUCUAUGCGGAUCUCGUGCUGUCCGGGGCGAAGCGUGAAUUGCGAAGGCACUCUCGGGAGAUGAUGGAGGACGUGAUUGACCUUGUGGACGUUUCAUUCCCCGCCGCUUUGGUAUACGUCCCGGACCGACCCAGGAGGCUGCUUGUCAACAUCGACAUCGACGUCUCUCAGAAGUAUGCGGGCUCUUUCAGUAUAACGUCGAUCGAUGUGCAUGGGGGAGACGCGCAGACGCAUUGCAGCGGCGUCUUGAAGAGGACUACCCUGAGUACCAGAAAUUCCAAGUUUCUCUGCGCGCGCGGGCUCAUAGAACGGGAGACGAAGCGAAUCUUGGCUGCGCCCGCCGCGGAGACCUUCAGCACCCGAACGGUCUACGAUCUUCUCUUCCCUCAAGUCGUCCGAUACAGCGAAACCUAUCGCGCGAUUCAAGCAAUCACGGUCGACGGCGAGUCGUUGACCGCGUAUGCUAUCUGCAGAUUGCCCAAAGCGAAGAGAGUCCGGAGGCCUCCACAAGCUUCUGUCGUCAACUCCGUCUUCGUGGACACACUCUUUCAUGUCGCCGGCUUCCUGGUGAACUUCACAUCCGGAAUGAACUGUCGCGACGCGUUCAUAUGCUCCCGCGUCGACAGGGUCAAGGUGCUUCCGGACCUGAUCGACCCCUCCGCUUCGUAUGGCGUCUAUGCGUCCGCUGUGCGUCUGGACGAUGCACACGUGGUCGUCGACGUCUACGCUGUGGCAGUGGAGAGUCCUGAAAAAGCGGUAGUAGCCAACCUCAAGAGAGUGCAUUUCCGUCGGGUCGCGCUGACGGGCUUCACGAAGAUGCUGGCUUUGACUUCGGAUCGUCCAAUGGACGACGCCCUCAUCGCUGACGCUGACGUCGGGUCUAUGAUUUCGACUGCCGGACGCUCCCCAGCCCCGAUAGAGGGCGACGCUCUGCAUGCUUGUGUUCGUCGAGUGAUCUCAGAGACGUCGAAUAUAACGCUCGCCGACAUUUCGCCUGAAGCAGAACUGUCGAAGCUGGGCAUUGACUCACUCAUGACUUGGGAAAUAGUAGCGCGCCUGCGUUCUCUCCUCCCUACUUCCAGCCGCCGGCUCGAUCCGCUGCUCUUCGCAAAUGCGACCACAGUGGACGAUCUCAUCCGCGUAGUCUCUGACCAUUGCGAUACUGGAGAAGCGCCUAGCGCUAUCGCAGUACGGGCUAGUCUCGACAGCUCGAGUACUCUGAACGAGGAGAGCAGCUGGAACGAGGAUAGCAGCGGUGAGCCCGUCUCUGCAAAGACCAUCGGCCCUGAGAUCGUCAAGGGCCUCGGCUCCAAUGCUCCGGACCUGCCGCAGCUAGAUCUCGUCGAGAACGCCGGGGAGCUCGUGGAUCGUCCUGAAGCUAUCAUGUCGCUCGAAUCGCGCAGCGAUAUCAAGCCAGGAUCGGGAGGCGACGUCAGAUACAGCAUAUGGCGACUUCAAGAUCCAAAUCGAACGCUUCCUCCAUCCUCCUGCGGGCUAUUGCGUACGAAUGUUCGGACUGCACCCUUCCUAUCGCUCGAGUCUCGAACGGGCACAACUCCCCUGUUCCUCGUCCACGAUGGAACUGGACUGAUCGGCGGCUACUCCAAGCUAGCGCCCCUGGGACGGGAGGUUUGGGCCAUCCGCAACCACAGUUUCGCGGACACGUACGCGCAAUAUUCGGUAUGCGACAGUGAACGGGAGCUCAAUACUUUAGUGAACGCGUACCUUGCUAUGCUGACCAGGAAUUUCUUCGAUGGCGAGCUUGGGCUGGGAGGGGAAUGCUUGAUGGGUGGGUGGUCUUUUGGCGGCGUAGUCGCAUUCGAGCUCGCGCAAUCAUUGCUGCGUAUGGGGAUUAACGUCAAGGGCCUCAUCCUAAUCGAUGCGCCGGCGCCACAAACAAGCAGUCCAUUCCCAGACGCGCUCAUCGACUCGGUAGUAGAGCGAAUGGAUCCUGCACACCGUAUCGCAGAACACCUGAAGGCACAGAUGAAGCGUGCGACACGGACCCUGGUGGCGCAUGACCCGUGUCUCUCCACCCGCAACUUGAGACGCAUUCCCGCCGUCUACCUGAGGUCUCAGGAGGGAAUGGAUAUCACGCUGUGCGAUGCGGAGGUUGACUCACGCGUGCAGGCAUUCUUGAAUAAGGAGAACGAUACGUGGACGAUCCCCCAAUGGAAGACGGCUUUAGGUGGGGAGAUGGAAGUGCUGGAUAUCCCAGGGGACCACUUGUCGGUCUUUGAUCAACGGAAUGUUGACGAGGUGUCGGAGCAACUGAGGAAGGCGAUACAGAUCCUUCUGUCGACCUGA